UCCCUACUCUCCUUUACAUUAUAUACUAUUUAAUGCAAAGAAUCACUUAACAAAAUGUCAAGGGAUUUUUGGAACUUAUACAAUAAUAGCUUAAUUUCUUAACCAUAUCUGAUAAAUUAAUUCUGAUUUUCAUACUAGCCAAAAUACUUAAGCACUCCAAAAUGACACUGAUAAAUUUUGACUAAUAUUAACCACAAGAAGACUCCAAAGAAGCAUUGGAAUAAAUUUAGUAUAUGAGUCUACCAUCAAUGAGCACGGUAUUGGAACAUUUACAGCAUUCAUAUCAAGAGAAUCAUUUACUUCUAUUUCUUUAUGUUAUUGCAGUGCAACUCUACCUAGAGAACCAAUGUCCUCUAGUAUUACAGGGAGAUUGCCUAGCUUGGAGGAGCUAGAGUCCUAUGCCCUUGAGCAAUGGGAGACCAGUGUUUCUUGUUGCAACUCAUAAGCUCAGCUCAAGCAGAGAGGUUAACGAAUUUCUGGUCCUCUAUGCUACGAGUUUUUCAGCGAGGUCUUUUGAGUUUAAGGGAAAAUGAAGCUGCGACGCUAAUUAAGUAUGGUUUUCAGUUCCUGCUGAUGGAAACCAAUGCCCAACUGUGGUACAUAGUAGGGGAGUAUAUCUCAUCUUCUGAGGAUUGUGGCGUGGACCCCACAGAUCUGAUAUUGUUUCUUCUUGAGCUUAGUUUUCAUACCAUGGGCAAGGAUAGAGUAUCAACUUCCAAACCUUAUUGCUGGAUCUAUAACAAAAGAAAGUGUAGACAAUGCUUUUGAGAAGGGAAUUAC